AUGUCGUAUCUACACUUUAAAGUGAUCGUGCAGCAGCAAACAGAGACACCAAGUCUAUCAUCCAGAUUUCACGUUCCAACAUUUAUCGCUUUGGUGACCCAAACUUCUCAGCGCCGGUCUUCCGCCACGGAUGUUGAAGGGACUAUUGAUGAGGGUGAGAGCUGGGUUGUGAUGCCAGGCUCGAAGCAAAAGACCAGGUGCACACUCCUAGGUCACCUACGCAUAACUCCUCCGCCCUUACCUGGAAGACUAUUUCCUUUCCUCUCAGACCCUCCACGCGACCCACACAACUGUGUGACUUUUGUAUCAUUCGCGCAUCGGCCCCGUGCAGCAGGCGGUGCCUUCUACGACUACACUUCUCGAUACGGCGCAGUCAGAAAAGAACACCGUAUCACCCUUCGGGAAAUUAUGUUUGGAGAGUAUGACUUUCUGAAUAUCCAGCCAAAAGGUGAAAAGGGCAUCUGUGAGGACCUAACUCCGAGACUAGGUCUUUCCUCCCUGUUGGAUUUACCUUUGUUAGCUUUAUCAAAUGACCAGACGCAUCGAGCACGCAUCGUGAAGGCUAUUUUGUCUGAACCAGAGCUCCUCGUACUCGACGAACCUUUAACCAGCCUUGAUAUCAAUACUCGCCCAAUCUUGCUGAAUGUCCUUCGGUCACUGCAUGAGUCUCACUGUCUACGCAUCAUGGGUAUCUGGAUCCAGGACCCUGUUCCUGAGUGUAUUUCGCACAUCGCUGUAGUGGGCUAA